GCAUUUAGGAGAAGGAACAUAUUUUUUCGAAUCUAGAACGAGGAACAAUGUUAGCAAGACCUAUGGGCGAAGGAUAUAUUCAAUAUCUACGGCUUUCUAAAGACACGACUCAACCGGCCGAUUCUAAGAUUCCGGGUCUUUGGUCUUCUUCGGUUAAACCCGAGUUUUGUUGCAUCUAUAGAGUGCCAGACCGGUUACGCAAAGUGAACCCCGAGGCUUACACUCCUCAAAUGCUGCUAAUCGGUCCUCUUCACCAUUCCAAGAAAGUUGAAGCCUUCAAGCGCUAUAAAACCGAGUUAAGAUAUUUGAACUAUCUCAACAUGGAGCUUCACAAGAAGAAGUGCCUUGAUAGUAUUGCAAAUAUAUUUGGGGAUCAAACUAUUGAAGAGUUCAAGAAAAUCAUCAUAAGAGAUGAGAGAUACAUAAGAGAAAGCUACGCCGAGUCAACGAUUUGGAUCAAUACUAAAGAUUUCGUAGAAAUGAUCCUCCACGACUCGGUGUUCAUACUAUUGUUCUUCAUUCAAACCGGAAGUACUUUAAACUUCAGCAAGAAAGAAGAUAUUCUUUUAAACCAGAGUCGUCUCAUAAACGCUACCGCCAUUUUAGAAGAUCUAAUCUUGCUCGAGAACCAACUUCCUUACGCCCUUUUAGAGAAACUCUUUGAACCUUUUUUCUCAAAUCUUGAUACUAAGGAAACGUUUCGUGACAUUACCCUUCGAGCUUUUGGCUUCGAGGGAAAGAUCAAAAAAGAAGUGAGAUUCAAACAUUUUACAGAUUUGUUUCGGUGUGUCCGUGUCAGCACACUUUCUUUGACAGAAGAACAAAUUAGUAUAGCAAAGAAUGAGCCACCGAAGAGUAGAAAGAUUAUGUACAACGCAGACAAACUAGACAGUGCAGGAGUGAAUUUUGUGAAUGUGGAUGAAGAAAAUGAUUUAUCGUUGGUGAUUACUUUCAAAGACGGAAUCUUGAAAAUGCCUUGUUUCACAGUGGAAGACAACACCGAGAGGGUUGUGAGGAAUUUAAUGGCACUCGAGCAAUGCCAUUACCCACGAACUACUUAUGUUUGUGACUACAUCUCCUUCUUGGAUUUCCUCAUUAAUACCGACCAAGACGUUGACUUGCUCGUCAAGAAAGGACAUCAAGGAUCGGUGACAGAAAUGGUGAACAAGCUGUGUUUAGGGCUCGUGGAUUUCGGCUCUCACUAUUGUGAUAUAGUUGAAAAUCUCAACAAACACUACGACAAUCGCCUCAACAGAUCGGUUGGAACUCUCCGGCGAGUUUAUUUCAAAGAUCUGUGGACCGGUACUGCCACCAUCGCCGCCGUUGUUCUCCUCGUGUUGACUUUGAUUCAGACUGUGGCUUCCAUUCUCCAAGUUAUGAUGCAGAACGACAAUUGUUUAAAAGUUAGUCUAUGUGGAGAUGUGAACAAGGAGGUAGUUACUAAGGAGGAUCAAUUAGCUUUGGAUGCUAAGGAUACUAAUGUUGAAGAUGAAGUUAUAGGGAAGAAAGCACAGACUUUUACGUUUGAAGAACUCGCUGUUUCGACCGGAAACUUUAAGUCGGAUUGUUUUUUAGGUGAAGGAGGGUUUGGAAAAGUUUACAAAGGUUUCAUUGAGAAAAUCAAUCAGGUUGUUGCAAUUAAGCAACUUGAUAGGAAUGGUGCUCAAGGAAUUAGGGAAUUUGUUGUUGAAGUGUUGACGUUAAGUCUCGCUGAUCAUCCGAAUCUUGUGAAGCUUAUUGGAUUUUGUGCUGAGGGUGCUCAGAGACUGUUGGUUUACGAGUACAUGCCGCUAGGUUCUUUGGAAAAUCACCUCCAUGAUCUUCCUCACGGCAGAAAACCGCUUGUUUGGAGCACUCGGAUGAAAAUAGCGGCUGGUGCAGCAAGAGGACUAGAGUAUCUCCAUGAUGCAAUGAAACCUCCUGUGAUCUACCGCGAUCUUAAAUGUUCGAAUAUCUUGCUCGAUGAAGGAUAUCACGCAAAACUCUCAGACUUUGGAUUAGCUAAAGUCGGACCAAGAGGGAGUGAAACCCAUGUUUCCACAAGGGUUAUGGGAACAUACGGUUACUGUGCUCCUGAUUACGCGUUAACAGGACAACUCACAUUCAAAUCAGAUGUAUACAGUUUCGGAGUUGUUCUUUUGGAGCUUAUCACUGGAAGGAAAGCUUUCGAUAACACGAGAACACGUAAUCACCAGAGUCUAGUUGAAUGGGCACGUCCGUUGUUUAAAGAUAGAAAUAAUUUCAAGAAAAUGGUUGAUCCGUUACUCGAAGGAGAUUAUCCGGUUAGGGCAUUGUACCAAGCACUUGCAAUAGCUGCAAUGUGUGUUCAAGAACAGCCAAGUAUGAGACCGGUGAUAGCCGAUGUAGUAAUGGCUUUAGAUCACUUAGCUUCUUCCAAAUAUGAUCAUAGUCACCGUCAAAAGCAGCCUAAUGUGACAGAGAAUAAAGUCGAUGAAGAGAAAACACUUAUAGAAUCUAAUGUUUGUUUGGAGGAGAAACAAGAAGAGAUCAAGAUUUGCUCUGAAUCUGAUCAAGCGGCUUAAUCAUCAAAGACGAUUCUUCUUUUGAAAAACAAAACAAAAGAUUGUUAAAAUUUUGAUAUUUUUCUUCUUGAUAUGUAGAAUGCUUCGUUUAUGUAAGCAACAAUUUUGUUCGACUUAGUAAAGAAAGAAACUUUUC